AUGGUCCGUUACGCUGCUACCUCUGCUAACCCAGCCAAGUCUGCCUCUGCUCGUGGCUCAUACUUGAGAGUCUCUUACAAGAACACCCGUGAAGCUGCUCAAGCUAUCAGCGGAUGGAACUUGGAAAAGGCCCAAAAGUACUUGGACCAAGUUUUGGACCACCAAAGAGCCAUUCCUUUCCGUCGUUUCGCCCACUCCAUCGGUCGUACUUCCCAAGGUAAGGAAUUCGGUGUCACCAAGGCUAGAUGGCCUGCUAAGUCCGUCAACUUCAUCAAGGACCUUUUGAGAAACGCUCAAUCUAACGCUGAAUCUAAGGGUCUUGAAGUCUCCAAGUUGAAGGUUUCCCACAUCCAAGUUAACCAAGCUCCAAAGCAAAGAAGAAGAACUUACAGAGCUCACGGUAGAAUUAACGCCUACCAAUCCUCUCCAUGUCACAUUGAAUUGAUCUUGACCGAAGAAUCUGAAAACGUUGCCAAGUCUGACGACGCCAAGAAGGUUAGAUUAAACUCCAGACAAAAGGGUAGAUUGGUUGCUCAAAAGCGUUUGACUGCCGCUUAA